GACCGCCAUAGGCCUCACUAUCUUUUCUCUGUUGUGGACUCGCAGGACGAUCCCCAGAAGUAGUACCAUCCAUUUUUUCAUUUUUGAGUAGUAUCAUCAUUUUUUUCCUCAGCGAUGUCAACCCACAAUGCAACGGUUCCCCUGAGCCGCCCCGACUCCUCAAAAACCAUCGGCGAACAAGACGGCUACACAAAGGACCCUAACGCUCCUCUCACCCCCAACACACUCGAGGGCCAAGCCGCCGCCGAUGGGGCCACAUCCGAGCUCCCACAGGGCCGUCAACUCGGCGUGAUCUCCGCCACCUUCUUGAUCGUGAACAGGAUCGUGGGAACGGGAGUGUUUGCGACCACCAGCACGAUCCUCGCUCAAUCGGGGAGCACGGGGAUGUCGCUCAUCUACUGGGCGAUUGGCGCCGUCAUCGCCGUGACGGGUUACCUGGUCUACGCUGAGUUUGCGUCUGCCAUCCCUCGCAACGGGGGAGAGCUUAACUACCUGCAACAUAUCUACAAGAAGCCGAGAUUUCUUGUCGCGUCUAUGUAUGCGGCCCAGGCGUUGCUGCUGGGUCAGGCGGCGGGGAAUGCGUAUACGGCGGGACGAUACCUUAUGCGUGCGGGAGGGCAGUCGAACGAGUGGGGGUCUCGAGGCAUCGGAGUAUUAGUCCUGGUGGCGGCGCUUAUUGUUCACGGAACGAUGUUGAAGUGGGGGUUAAGGUUCCAGAACGUCGUUGGAUUGUUCAAGCUCGUCAUCCUCGUCCUAAUCGCCUUCACCGGGUUCGCCGCCCUCGCCGGUAAAUCCCGCGCCAACCCACCCCCCGACAACUUCACCAACGCCUUCGAAGGCACCCGCAGCGACCUCUACGGCAUCGUGUCCUGCAUCUACAACGCGGUCUGGUCCUACGUCGGCUACUCCAACAUCUUCUACGCCCUCGGCGAGAUCCGCACGCCCGUGCGCACCAUCAAGAUCGCCGGCCCGCUCGCGUUGGGGGUCAUCACGGUUCUCUACAUGCUCGUGCAGGUCGCCUAUUUCGCCGCGGUGCCGCGGGACCAGAUCCUCGGCGGGUCGCAGAUCGUAGCGUCGUUGUUCUUCCAGAACAUGUUUGGGGAGUCCUCUGCCCGCGCGCUGUCGGUCUUUGUCGCGCUGUCGGCGACCGCGAACGUGUUUUCCGUCAUCUUCUCCCAGGGACGGCUGAACCAGGCGCUGGGACGGGAUGGGAUCGUGCCCUUCAGCAAGAUCUUGGCUUCCAACAGGCCGUUCAAGUCCCCCUUGGCCGGUCUCACGUGGCACGUUAUCGUCACCCUCGUCAUUUUGUUGGCCCCGCCGGCCGGUGAUGCCUACGACUUCGUCCUCAACCUCUCCUCCUACCCCCUCAACGUCGUCAACGCCGCGGUAGCCCUCGGCCUCCUCUCUGCGUACCUCCCGCACCGCCUCCGCCCGCAAUGGGCCAAGACCUGGUCCCCCUCCAUCCGCGCGUCCCUCCCCGUCGUCCUCUUCUUCACCCUCAUCUCCCUCUUCCUCGUCAUCGCGCCGUGGAUCGCGCCAAGCAAGCCCGAGGAAGCGGUCUACAAGAGCCUGUGGUACGCGAUCGCCCCCGCGGUGUCGGUCGCGUUCUUUGUCGCGGGCGCAACCUACUGGCUGGUGUGGUUUGUGCUGCUGCCGAGGGUGGGGAGGUACACGCUUGUGCCGGUGCAGACGAAGCUGAAGGAUGGGACGCCCGUUACGGUUUUUGUUAAGGAGACGGCGGGGCAUGGGGUUAGGACGGGUGGGGAGUUGUGAUUCUGCAUGCGGCGUUCGUGGUGUAUCGAACUCUGACGGGUGAGGGGUUUGAGCGUAGUGAAGGCUUUCGUGCGUGCGUUGGCGCGCCUAAUCUUCUAUGGACUCUGUAUAUUCUGUUUAUUCUU